UCUUCGUUGAUCAGAAAACAUGCGUGUCAUCCCUUUAAGGAGCGUGCGGCUCAACCUUCUAAUCAAGGCAUCCGUCUCCUCCGCGGUACCGCAAGUCUCGUCGGGCUCUCUCGCGAAGACAAGGAUGCACCGACAAUCUCUCGGAAAGCCUGGCGCCAAGCAUCUCAUCUCCGGCGCAGCGGGAGGGGCUCGGAAGGAGGAGAAGCGGAAGAGCUUCGCCAGCGCUGCUGGAUCUGCGGUUGCGCAGGAGCCGGCGGCGGAGGAUAUGGCCAUUGAGGCAGACAAGCUGCUCCGAGCGAGCUCGAGGACGAACAAGUCCAUCCAUCUCAUCCCCGUCUUCACCAUCCUCUGCCUUCUCGUCCUCUACUUCUUCUCCCACGAGCCCUCCCCCACAGAUAUGCAAGCCUUCGGUAGCUCCGCCCUGCGAUUAGACUCCAGAGCGGCGGUUUCCGGAGCGCAGACCGGGGGACAUGUCGGCGCGGAGAGAGGCAACGUGGCGUUGGCGACCCACCGAAGCCGUCGGAGGCUGAAGGCAGCGGCGGGGCCGGUCCGCCACCGGAAGAUCGGGAGUUCCUGGCUAUGCCGGGCACGUGAGGACUACAGUCGGUGACGAGCAAAUAAAAUGCAUGGUUGCUAUCGUUCCGUGUAGUCUCUCAUCUGUGGGUAAUCGUUCUAUCUCUUUCCAUGAUCAUUAAAGUGCACGAGAGUCGCAAAAGAAUUACGAGGGAUGACUAGAAAUUUACAAGAUAGAUUGUAAUCUUUUGUUUCAAGACUGACGUCACCCAAUACGAGCUUGCGAGUCGAAUCGCACUUAAUAGCAA